UUCUAUCUAAUUAUGUGCCCAGCAAAAAAAGUACUUAUUUUUUGUAUUGGCUUUUAAAGGAAUACCAUAUUAUUAGAAAAUUCUACUAGUUUCAACAUUAUCCACCGCUAUUUCCAUUCUUUAGUAGAGUAGAAAACAGCUAGUUAGUUGUAUCAAUCCCCCCUUAGACAAGACUUCACACCCACCUCCUCAUAUUCCUAUUAAUCCCCCCUUCUUCCGCUCCUUAACAUCACACUCUCUUCUCAAACCCGAACCCAGGCCCGAACCCAAAUCGGAACCCCAAAAACAGCAAAAUGAACACAUCCUAUGGCCGCCUAAACCAAACAGCCUCAACCCGGAUCACCGACCCAAACCCACUUAAUACCUCAAAUCCCCCAACCCGAACUCGAGCUUGCCGCCUUAUCCUCUUUCUCACCGGGGCUCUCCUCAUUGUUGCUGCUGCUUGCGGAAUCGUAGCAGCAGCAAAAUCCAUGAGACAGCCCCGUAAUGAGCCCUUUCCGAGCCACGGCACGACAAGGGUAAUCCGGGAAUCCUGUCGACUCACCCGGUACCCAGAACUCUGCCUAUCCUCGCUGAAAAACUUCCCUGGAGUGAUGGAAGCAAGGGACAUCCUUAAGGUGGCCCACAUUUCGGUGAACAUGACGCUGCUUAAGUUCGGGGUGGCGUUGUCAGCUUCUACAGAAAUAAGGAACUUGAAAAUGGAUAAGCUAACGAGGUCGGCGUACGAUGAUUGUUUGGAGUUGUUGGAUGAUUCUGUUGACUUGCUAGUACGAUCGUUAUCCUCCAUUGCUGAAAUGACGUUGUCGGUGGAAGAGGCGGGUACUAGCACUGGUGGUAACAUGUUCCAGAGAGGGUCUAAGUCAAAGCAAGAUGUGAUGACAUGGCUAAGUGGGGCCAUGACAAACCAAGACACGUGUACCGAGGGAUUGAACAACGUGGGUGGGACCAUCAAAUAUAAAAUGGUCCAAAGAUUACAAGAUUUGUCCGAGCUUGUUAGUAACUGCCUAGCUAUAUAUUCGGCUAGUCAUAAAAUUGAUGACUUAGCAGGUACGCCAAUUCAAAAUAGGAGGUUAUUAGGAUUCGAACAAGAGAUCGACCCGGAUAAUUCUGGGUUUCCUAAAUGGAUGUCAAGAUCCGAAAGAGAGCUAUUGGGAAGUCCGACCCGAAGUAUACAAGCGGAUAUUAUUGUUGCACAAGAUGGGUCGGGUACUGUUAAGACUCUUACUGAAGCUAUUAAAAAAGCUCCAUCAAAUAGUGGUCGUCGCAUUAUUAUUCUCGUCAAGGCUGGCACAUAUGAAGAAGAUAAUCUGAAAGUUGGACGAAAGAAAACUAAUUUGUGGUUUUUAGGCGAAGGCAAAGGUCGAACUGUAAUUACGGGUAAAAAAAGUGUGGCUCAUGAUCAAAUUACUACUUUUCACACUGCUGCAUUCGCUGCCACUGGCGCUGGAUUUGUAGUUCGAGAUAUUACUUUUGUAAAUGAGGCGGGUCCAAGUAACCACCAAGCAGUAGCACUUCGUGUUGGUGCAGACCACGCUGUGAUCUACCGUUGUGAGAUAAAAGGAUACCAAGACACACUUUAUGUUCACUCCCAACGACAAUUUUAUCGAGAAUGUGAUAUUUACGGAACUGUUGAUUUUAUCUUUGGCAAUGCAGCUGUUGUAUUCCAAAACUGCACUAUGUGGGCACGUAAACCAAAUAUCCAACAAAAGGUAACUAUCACAGCUCAAAAUCGCAAGGACCCAAACCAAAAUACCGGCAUGUCAAUCCAUGCUUGCCAAGCGCGAGCAACCAAUGACCUCGAGGCAUCAAAAUCUAGUUACCCAACAUUUUUGGGUAGACCAUGGAAAAUAUUUUCAAGAGUUGUAUACAUGGAAACUUACUUGGGGGAUCACAUUGAUCCUAGAGGAUGGUUAGAAUGGAAUGCAACAUCUCCAGUAGAUAAAUUAUACUAUGGUGAGUAUGGCAAUAUUGGGCCACGGGCCAGCAUAUCACAACGGGCCAAAUGGCCCGGUUUGCAUGUGAAUAUGUCCAAAGGAGAGGCAAUGAAAUUUACUGUGGCCCAAUUUAUAAUUGGCCAAGAUUGGAUAACUGCAACUGGAGUUUCAUACCAAUCUGGAUUAUCAGAGUAAUUAAUAAGGUUAACAAUGUGUAAUAUGUCAAAAAAAGUAAAAACUUGAGUUUGACUGUGUACUAAGUGUAUAAGGUCAAUAGGUAAAAUCAUAUAAUAUAUUAUUAUGAUUUCCUUGUACCUAAAGUCUAUAAUUGUUUUGCUAAUUGUAAACAAUAAUAACUUUAACCAUGAAAUUGGACAUGUGUAAUCAACAUAUUAUUCCACUAUGGAUCUAAUAAAUUCUUGUCUUCAAAUUUUUAAGGCUUUUUACCAAUUAUAUAAA